CCUACUUCACUCCAUACUUUUCGACCAAUCAGCAUUCACGUUUCUUUUUGCAGUCGGCCUACAUUUGGUCAAAACACCGGUUGAUUUCAACGUUAACGGUGACCACUCAACAUGAAGACCUCAACCAGCAGUCCCGCCUCUUGGAUUAUCAAGAUGUCGCCAGACAAGCAGGACACCCUACUUAAGAUGUCUAUCCUCGCUAUUGCUGCAAUCUUGUCAUUUUCUACAAGACUGUUUUCAGUGCUGAGGUUCGAGAGCGUUAUCCACGAGUUUGAUCCCUACUUUAAUUACCGGACAACUCGUUACCUGACUGAGGAAGGUUUCUACGAGUUCCAUAACUGGUUUGAUGACCGAGCAUGGUACCCCCUGGGCCGUAUCAUUGGUGGAACCAUCUAUCCAGGUUUGAUGGUGACCUCGGCAGCGUUGUAUCAUGUGAUGAACUUUUUCCACAUCACUAUUGAUAUCAGGAAUGUGUGUGUGUUCCUGGCUCCUCUGUUCUCCAGUCUCACCACACUCGUCACCUACCACUUCACCAAGGAGCUCAAGGAUGCCAAUGCAGGUUUAGUAGCAGCAGCUAUGAUUUCCAUUGUCCCUGGUUACAUCUCUCGUUCGGUGGCCGGUUCAUACGAUAACGAGGGUAUCGCCAUCUUCUGUAUGCUGUUGACUUAUACCCUAUGGAUCAAGGCAGUCAAGACUGGCUCCAUCUUCUGGGGAUGCAUGUGUGCCCUUGCUUACUUUUACAUGGUGUCGUCAUGGGGAGGCUACGUGUUCCUCAUCAACUUGAUCCCCCUCCAUGUGCUGGCACUCAUGAUGACCGGCCGAUUCUCACACCGUAUCUAUGUAGCCUACUCCUCGGUAUACUGCCUCGGUACAAUCCUGUCCAUGCAGAUCUCAUUUGUGGGAUUUCAGCCUGUUCAGUCCAGUGAACACAUGGCCGCCUUGGGAGUAUUUGGUCUCUGUCAGAUCCAUGUCUUUGUCGACUACAUCAGGUCCAAACUGACCACUGAGCAGUUCAACACCCUGUUCAGGAGUAUCAUCCUUUUGGUUGGAAUUCUUGGAACUACUGCCGCCGCCAUUGCCACAGCCACAGGCAAAAUCUCGCCCUGGACUGGACGUUUCUACUCUCUGCUGGACCCCUCUUAUGCCAAGAACAACAUCCCCAUCAUCGCAUCUGUAUCUGAGCAUCAGCCCACCACAUGGAGCUCCUUCUACUUCGACCUUCAGCUCCUUGUCUUUAUGUUUCCAGUGGGUCUCUACUUCUGUUUCUCCCACCUCACGGAUGCCAACAUCUUCAUCAUCAUGUACGGAGCUACCAGUAUCUACUUCGCGGGGGUGAUGGUGCGUCUGAUGUUGGUGCUGGCUCCUGUCAUGUGUAUUCUCUCGGGCAUCGGUGUCUCGGCCACUCUCACUAAUUACAUGAGGAAUCUUGACAUCACAAAGAAAACCAAGAAGGCCAAGAAAGGAGAGGAUACCAACUACCCAUUCAAAAAUGAGGUAGCCACAGGUGUGGUGUUCAUGAUGACAGCCUUUCUCAUCACCUACACAUUCCACUGUACUUGGGUGACGUCCGAAGCCUACUCAAGUCCUUCCAUCGUUCUGUCUGCUCGUGCUGGUGAUGGAGGACGAAUCAUAUUCGAUGACUUUAGAGAGGCGUACUACUGGCUCAGACACAACACUGCAGAGGAUGCGAAGGUGAUGUCGUGGUGGGAUUACGGCUAUCAGAUAACGGCCAUGGCUAACAGGACUAUACUGGUGGACAAUAACACGUGGAACAAUACUCACAUAUCUCGCGUCGGACAGGCCAUGUCGUCAACAGAAGAUAAAGCCUAUGAAAUAAUGCGUGAAUUAGAUGUCACUUACGUACUUGUUAUAUUUGGCGGAUUGACAGGGUAUUCCUCUGAUGAUAUCAACAAAUUCCUUUGGAUGGUGAGGAUUGGGGGCAGUACAGACCGAGGGGCUCACAUCAAAGAGUCUGACUACUAUACGCCUCAGGGAGAAUUCCGUAUAGACAAAGACGGUUCACCCACCCUCCUCAACUGUCUGAUGUACAAAAUGUGCUACUACAGAUUCGGCUCUGUCUACACAGAGGGAGGAAAACCCACUGGAUAUGACAGAGUGCGCAAUGCUGAAAUUGGAAACAAAGAUUUUGAACUUGAUGUUUUAGAAGAAGCUUACACCACAGAGCACUGGCUUGUCCGCAUUUACAAAGUUAAAGAUUUAGACAACAGGGGCCUGUAGACAGUAACACAGCUGAAGAUCAUUUUUAAAAUUUCAUGACAUGUUUAGUUUUGUAUUUGAUGAAUGAUAGAGUAAGCAUUUCAUACUAUAAGUAUUAUGGAAGGACAGAAAUAUAUAUCUUUUUAACAAAAUGAACUUAACCUUUGGAAAAGAAAGAAAAUUGGCAAAGAUGAGGAUUUUGCAAUAAAUUGAUGCAGGUUAAAAUUUGGAAGGAAAAUAUGCUGUCCUUGAGAUUUUUCAUCAAUUUAUUAGUGAAAGUAUUUAAUUAAUGAUUGGUAAAAUUUGGAUAUUUUGUCCAGUGAGAACUCUGUGAGAAAAUGUUCAGUGUUAGACCUGAGUGAGUGAGAAAGUUUAAGUAAGAGGGAAGAUUCAUAGAGUAUUACAUGAAAGUCUUAAAGUAAUACAAACCUUUUUAACAAGGGUCCUGUUAAUCCACAAACUCUCCAUCCAGACCCUCAUUUUUGACCAUAUAUCAAAUUAUGUGGGCAUCAAAUUUCUGAAGACAGAGUUGUUGAAAUUUACAGCUAUGCAGCUAAAUUAAAAUAUCUUUACUUACGACAAAAUCAGGUAUACAAAGGAAAACAAAUUAAAAAUUGAAAUGUAAAAAUUCUUAUUUUGGAGAUUUGUUGAAAACUGCAAUUUGGUCAACUUAAAUAUUUACUGUAAGAAUUUCAUAAGUGCUGGGAUUUUCCCAACACUGCUUCAGUGAAGUCUUAAACCAGAUAUUGUCGCCAUUUCUUCUGCUGGAUGAGGACUUUUUCUAUCCAUCUCACAGAUCUGCUUCUUUUUGAUGUGAUGAUAAAUUGAAAUUGUUACUUUUACAUUUUGUAAUGGAAUUAUACAUGUGUUGUUAUCACACAUAUGUGUUUAUAUGUAAAAGUUUCCGAAGGAUAGGGUAUAUAUAAACAUUAGCUGAUCACAUUUUAUUUGUAUUAAAAGUCCUUCAUCUGACUGAAGUGCUACUGGUCUUUUGACAUCACCAAGCUUUAAGCAGUCCAUGAUGAAACGUUUAAAAUGCAGAUCUAUAUGUUAUUUUUCAGCAACUACAAUAACUUCCCAUUUGCACCAAUUGUAUUGUGCUUAUAGCAGUAUUUGCCCUCUAGGGUGAACUCUGAUGAGUCGGCAUAGUCUGACCGAAUUCUUAGCUUUACUUCGACAAAAUGUGCUACUAGCAGCUUAAGAUAAAAGCCAUUUAGAAUCUACAUAGAUAUUAUACUUGGUAAAUGGGGAACCAUCGGUUGGCUUCUAAUAUGUGGUGAAUCGGAUGUACAUUCCAUGUGAAAGUGAAAUCUUGUAAUAAAAUAUCCUUCUGAGAGUAUUUGGUCUCCCUUUGAUAAGAUCUAUGUUUAGAUAAUCACCUGUUAAAUGUCUAUUAGGAUGAACAUGAAUGCUUUAUAUAUUACUGUCAUUAUCAGAAAUAAAAUUAUCUUUUAUUUAAUACCUA